AUCAGAAACAAUAAUACAGUGACUGCUGAACCAAUUUUGCAUUCAUCUUUCUCACUCGAAAACAAUUUCACAGAAACAAAACACCAUGACUGGAAACGUUGCUAAGAAAAGUUUACAAAGUUAUUUGUCCCAGCUUCAACGUCACCCCUUACGAACUAAGGCAAUUACUGCUGGGGUUUUAUCAGCAAUUAGCGACAUAGUUUCCCAGAAACUUUCUGGCAUUCAAAAGCUUCAAAUCCGCCGUAUUUUACUCAAAGUGCUUUUUGGAUUCGCUUAUCUUGGACCGUUCGGACAUUUCUUUCACAUGAUGCUUGAUAAGGUUUUCAAGGGGAAGCAGGAUCCAAAGACAGUGGCUAAGAAGGUUCUUGUAGAACAAUUAACUGUUUCCCCGUUAAACAACAUGCUUUUUAUGGUAUAUUACGGAUGGAUUGUUGAGGGAAGACCAUGGACUCAGGUCAGAAGUAGAAUUAGGAAAGAUUAUCCAUCAGUGCAGUUGACAGCAUGGACGUUUUGGCCCGUUUUUGGGUGGAUUAACCACAAGUAUGUGCCAUUGCACUUGCGUGUGAUCUUCCAAAGCUCAAUUGCCUUUUGCUGGGGGAUAUUUUUGAACUUACGAGCAAGGUCUAUGCUUCUUCCCAAACCUUGAGAAAAACUAAAGUCGCGUUGUAUCUAGUUCUUCACUAUAAUAAGCCGCCAUCCACUAGGAAGAAGCACUUACUGCAAGCAGAAUCAGGGCUAUCCUACUAUCCUAUCAUAUAGUUAUUAGUAUAUUGAACAUGAAGUUGAAUUGCAGUAUUUCGAUUAGCCAUAUCUCUUAUACUUCUGUAACUUAUAAAUCUGCUUGUAGUCUCUAUUCAAUCAUCUUAAUGCAAGAAAGCGAACAAUAAAGCAUUGUUAUUUGAUUGCUCA